CUCAAUCCUGUCCUGUUUAUUUAAACGUGCAUUUGACAUAUAUUUAUUGGCAUAGUGGAAGAACAAACUUUUCAUUAAUUCAAUGAAAGGCAUUUUCAUUACAAUUACUAGCUAUCAGAUAGAGUUAGUAUAGUUUAUACAGCGCCAUCUGUAUUUGGUCGCAUUGGGACAAAACCACUCGAUAACUUUAAGUUCUUAGAUAGUGAGAUUGUUAAGUUUUGCAACUUGAAAGAAAGAUUGGAAUUGUUUUCCUAUCGUUAGUAGUCAUAAUUACAAACAGGCGUACGAAGGUAAUAAUAACAAACAGCCGUAAUGGAAAUUAUAAAGGACGUUCUUUGUAGACUGUUGGUGUUGACAGAUUCCAGUAGAAAUUUCUAUGUUCCAACCUCCACAAAUCUUCGUCUGUUGCCUUUUAAUGCCUCGUCUGUAUCCGAUCUCUGUCUGACACCAUUAUGUGUUAAAGAAGAUUUAAAUCUACCUGUUGAUCUGCCAGAAAACAGAGAUAUUCUACUGCCUUUGCUCAACGGAUCCGAGACCUGUAAGACACCGUCAUGCGUCAAGGCAGCUGCCGACAUCCUAUCAUUUAUAGAUGAGACUGUGGAUCCUUGUGAUGAUUUCUAUAAAUUCUUGCGGUAG